CAAAUUCUGGGCUGCGAGGGUGCUACCCUUCGUCGGGCGCCGCCACCCGCUCCCCGCCCCUCCGGCGCCCUCCCGCGAGGUGGGGAAACGAAGGGCCACUUCUUUCUCUUUUGGUUUCCUCGGCUCCUAGCGUGGGGAACGCGCGAGAGAGACAGGCCUCGCUUCACCUGAUCCGGCCUCGCGCGCUCGCCCGUGCUGGGGUUUCCUCGCCCCACACCAGUCCGGACGAGGAAACUAGUUGGGGCGGUGACUCCCCCCCCUCCCCCCCCCUUACGCCCGGUUCCUGAGCGGGGCAGCGAGGCCACCGGGAAGUGACUCCUCACUCUCGGGUUUUUCUUUAAUUUUUUCCCACCCGUUCCGCCUGGGCGCGUGGUCCCUCUGGGCCGCGUGCGGACAGCCAUGCACUAGGCAGGGUUUCCCUUAUGCGCCUGGAGAGCGCGGACCGGUGCCUCAGGCCGUCGCCGCCUCCUGCCGCCCGCAGAGCCCGAGCCGGAGCAGCCGUCUGCCUUAGGCCGGGGCGUCGAGGAGCAGGCGGCGCGGCCAUGUGGGGCUAGCCCGCGCCACGCCUGGGCUGCAGCAGGACCGGCAACAUGGAAGGGACCGUCGGCGUCCCCGACGGCGGGGACCAGGGCGGCGCAGGGUUUCGCGGGGACGCGACGCCCAUGGAUGCCUAUUUGCGGAAACUGGGCUUGUAUCGCAAACUGGUGGCCAAAGACGGGUCGUGCCUGUUCCGGGCCGUGGCGGAACAGGUGUUGCACUCUCAGUCUCGCCAUGUUGAAGUCAGAAUGGCCUGUAUUCACUAUCUUCGAGAAAACAGAGAGAAAUUUGAAGAGUUUAUAGAAGGGUCAUUUGAAGAGUAUUUAAAACGUUUGGAAAAUCCACAGGAAUGGGUUGGACAAGUGGAAAUAAGUGCCCUUUCUCUUAUGUACAGGAAAGAUUUUAUAAUUUAUCAGGAGCCAAAUGUUUCUCCUUCACAAGUAACUGAAAAUAAUUUUCCUGAAAAGGUAUUACUGUGUUUUUCAAAUGGAAAUCAUUAUGAUAUUGUCUAUCCAAUAAAGUAUAAAGAUAGUUCUGCUAUGUGUCAGUCUCUCCUUUAUGAAUUGCUGUAUGAGAAGGUAUUUAAAACUGAUGUUAGUAAAAUCUUGAUGGGACUAGACACCACUGAGGUAGAUGAUGAAACCAUCAACGACAGUGAAAUAUCAGAUUCAGAGGAUGACAGUUGCAAGAGUAAAACUACCGCUGUUAAUGAUGUGAAUGGAUUUACUCUUUCAGGCAAUCAGCACCUAAAGAACAAUAGGAACUCUACUAGCCUUUCUUUGUCUAGAAAGGUUCUUAAGUCGCUCAAUCCAGCAGUCUAUAGAAAUGUGGAAUAUGAAAUUUGGCUGCAGUCUAAACAAGCUCAACAAAAACAUGAUUAUUCUGUCGCUGCUGGUUUACAGUAUGAAGUUGGAGAAAAAUGCCAAGUUAGGUUAGAUCACAAUGGAAAAUUUUCUAAUGCAGACAUUCAAGGGGUUUACUCUGAGAACGGACCAGUUUUGGUUGAAGAACUUGGAAAGAAACAAUCACUGAAGAACCUCAAACCACCUCCCUCAGAAAGCUGGAAUACAGUGUCAGGGAAGAAGAUGAAAAAAACAUCUGCUUCUACUCAAAAUUUCCAUUCUGACAUGGAUUAUAGAGGGCCAAAGAAUCCAAGCAAGCCAACAAAAGCCCCGUCAGCACUACCUCCUCGACUACAGAAUCCUUCAGGAAUGAGACAACCUGCAUUCUCUAGUCAUUCUCCAGGGUCACAGUCUCAGAAAUCCUCCAGUGAGCACAAAAAUCUUAGUAGGACACCCUCCCAAAUUAUAAGAAAAACUGAUCGUGAGAGACCUGAAGAUUUUGAUCACACAAGUCGAGAAUCUAACUAUUUCGGCCUCUCUCCAGAGGAGCGCAGAGAGAAGCAAGCUAUAGAAGAAUCUCGUUUGCUCUAUGAGAUUCAGAACAGAGAUGAACAGGCUUUCCCAGCCCUUUCCAGCUCAUCAGUCGGUCAGUCAACUUCUCAGAUUAGCAACUCAUGUGUGCAGAGAAAAUCAUCCCAUGUCAGUGAUAGAAAGGGAAGCAGGCGGAGAAUAGAUACAGAAGAUCGAAAAGAUAAAGAACCUAUCCAGGGACAUAUGCACUUGGAUAAAAAACCUGAGCCAAGCACAUUGGAGAAUAUUAGCGAUGAUAAAUGUGCAAGAGUUUCAUCACCAUCAAAGUCGAAGAAAUUGGAGUGCCCAUCUCCUGCAGAACAAAAGCCAGCAGAACAUGUGUCUUUGUCAAAUCCAGCUCCCCUUCUAGUUUCUCCAGAGGUACAUCUAACUCCUGUGGUGCCUUCUUUACCAGCCACUGUGCCAGCCUGGCCAAGUGAACCUGCAGCUUUUGGAGCAACAGGUGUCCCUGCUCAAAUUUCUGUUUUGCCAGUGACCCAGACUCUGCCCACUGGACCUGAUUCUGCUGUGUCACAGGCGCAGUUAACACCCUCUCCAGUUCCUGUGUCAAUACAGGCAGUCAACCAACCCUUGAUGCCUUUGCCUCAGACAUUGAGCCUUUACCAAGACCCACUCUAUCCUGGGUUUCCUUAUAAUGAAAAGGGAGAUCGAGCCAUUGCACCUCCUUAUUCACUGUGUCACACUGGGGAGGACUUGCCUAAAGAUAAGAGCAUUCUUCGAUUCUUCUUCAAUCUUGGUGUGAAGGCAUAUAGUUGUCCUAUGUGGGCCCCACAUUCUUACCUGUACCCUCUGCACCAGGCCUACCUGGCAUCCUGCAGGAUGUACCCAAAGGUCCCUGUCCCUGUAUAUUCUCACAGUCCUUGGUUCCAAGAAGCUCCUUCUGCUCAGAAUGAAAGUGAUUGUACCUGUACAGAUGCACACUUCCCUAUGCAGAGCGACGUCGGCAUUAAUGGUCAGAUGCCACCAGCAGAGAUUGGGCCGCCAACAUUUUCUUCACCUCUGGUUAUCCCCCCAUCUCAGGUGUCUGCAAGUCAUGGACAGUUGUCUUACCAGGCUGAUCUUGAAUCUGAGAACUCUGGGCAUCUUCUUCAUGCUGAAUAUGAAGAAUCACUGAGUGGCAAGAAUAUAUACCCACAACCGUCCUUUGGACCUAAUCCAUUCUUAGGCCCAGUUCCAAUUGCACCUCCUUUCUUUCCUCCUGUUUGGUAUGGGUAUCCAUUUCAGGGAUUCAUAGAAAACCCACUAGUGAGGCAGAAUAUUGUCUUGCCCUCUGAUGAGAAAGGAGAAUUGGAUCUGCCCCUGGAAAAUCUGGAUCUGUCUAAAAAAUGUGGUUUGGUUUCAGCAGUAGAUGAGUUUCAGGAGGCCAGGGGUGAAGGAGCACACCUCACUGAAGCAAGUGUGAGGAGUAAGCGUGAAGGCCGGGUGGAGCAGUCGUCUCAGACGCUGAAGACAGAUGUGGCAUUGGCUUCCAUCCCUCUUGUAGAAGAGGGAAAAGCUCAUCAUCCUAAUCAAAUUCUAAACAGAGAAAGAGAAACAUUGCAUGUUGAACUUGAGCCUAAAAGGACCAUUCCAAGUCUGAAAGAAAAACAAGAAAAAGUGAAAGAUCCUAAGACCGCUCCUGAUGUGGUCAGCCCUGGGGCCAACUCAGUGGAUAGCAGAGUGCAAAGACCAAAAGAAGAGAGUUCAGAAGAUGAAAAUGAAGUGGCUAAUAUUCUGAAAAGUGGUAGAUCCAAGCAGUUCUAUAAUCAGACUUAUGGAGGCAGAAAGUACAAAAGCGAUUGGGGCUAUUCUGGUAGGGGAGGAUACCAGCACGUGAGAGGUGAGGAGUCCUGGAAAGGACAACCAAGCAGAAGCCGGGAUGAAGGUUAUCAGUACCAUCGAAAUGUCAGAGGACGGCCAUAUAGGGGAGAUAGGAGGAGAUCAGGGAUGGGAGAUGGCCAUAGGGGACAGCACACUUGAUGGUUGUUGCUGGAGUGUUUUAGAAGCAGAGACGCUUUCUUAGGCAGAAUGUUUCUGAAGGCUUAAAAAAAAAUACAUUAAAAUAAAAACCGAAAUUGGAACUAUCUUCUCCCCUACCCUUUACCCUGACUCCUAUCCUGGACAAGAGAUUAUGGAAAUGAGUUUAAGGGGGUAGAUGAAUUCCUGACAUUGCCAUUUUCCUUUAUUCAAAAUCUGUUGAUUUAUUUAUCGGGUGAUUGCCCUCAUAAAAAGUAGAAAAUAAGUUUGUUAAAGUAUUUUUUAUAAACAGCCUAAUAUAAAACAUCAUAGAUUUAGUGUUUGGUUUUUUCCUUGUAUGAUAUAUAAGUUUGAUUUCAAAUGUUGGAAAUGUGUGCUUUAUGGCAUUUACUGAAAUAAUAAGAAAAUAUACCAUUUGACACACUAUAGAUUCCAAACAUAACAUUGCACCAAAUAGAAAUUUAUAUUUUAUUAUGCAAUGCCUUAGUCAUAAACUGGGCUCAAACAAUUCUCAGCCUAAAACACUGUUAUCUUUUGAAAUGCUUCCAACCCAAAGGCCUUUCAUCUCAAUAUCUGUCAGACUUGAAUAAUGUCUUCUCUUUAAUAUUAUACAUAAGGCAGCCUAUUAACCUGUGUCUUAGAAAUGUUGUAUAUAGUUCUUUUAAUAUACAUAGGGUAUAUUUUUGAAUUUUGGUAUUUGUUGAACUUCCAAUUGCAGACAGGAAUAGAUAACUAAGAAAUAAUAGGAAAUCCAUUGAAAUAUGGCUGAUCCCACCAAGAAUUCUUAGCACUGGUGUAAAUAUCAUGGUGCCUACUCAAAAGAAAUGUAGAUGCUAUGCAUUUUGAAAAUAAUCUGCAUCUGUUAAAACUGCAGAAUUUUUUAAUGCCACUUUAACACUAAUGCACUGACAGAUUCUAAAUAUUUUGUGAGAAGAAAUGUUAAAAAUUUUUUAGCCUGACCAGGUUUCUUUAGAGAGUGUGUUUUGUUUUUUCUCCUUGAACCAUUGGUUAUGUGUAUCACUUUACAUUUGCAUGUUCAACUUGUCACAGCUGGAGCUAUUGUUCAAAAAUAAGAAUAUUGUGACUUCUGGUUCUUUUGUAGAGGAUGCUGCUAGAAAAUGCUUUUGCAUCACAUUUUUAAUGCUUGUUAUACUUAGGUAACAUGUCUCUGAUCCUGCUUCCUUCUCUCAUCUUUGCAGUAUUCCUAGAGGUCACCUUUGCAUGUUGCACUCUGUUCUCAUUUGGAGAUUUGACUCUGAAUCAACACAGUAUUCCCUCAUCUGUGUUAUUUUGUAAAAAUAACUGUGGCUUACAUUUCUAAUUUGUACAUACAAAUGUGAAAACCUACCUUUUUAAUGUUAAGACAUCACCUUUUGAUCAGGAAGCUUGAGUGCUAUGCAAAUAAUGGUAGUUUUUCUUUGCAUGCUAUGUGUAAUAUAUUUAGCCAAAAAUAGAUGUGGUGUUUUUUUUUUUUUGUUUUUUUUUUUUACGACAAAUUACUUUAAAAGCAAAUACAAUUCACUUGAAUUUGACAAACUGAAGCAGAUGAGUUUUCUGGGUUCUCUGAUAACCUAUAGGAAUGUUUGGGUGCCAGCUUGGCUCAGUGAAUCUGUACUGUACUGUAAUAAUGGUUAUUUACCUCUGUGCUGUUGUAAUUACCUAAUGUCUGUUUAACUGCUGAUUUGAGUAGUGGUAGCAUUUAGAUGUAACAGGAUUUUAGAAAGCACUUUGAAAGAAAAUAUUUUUGUUAUGAUGGUGCUAGGUAAAACUAUGUAAAGACUGGGAUGAUCGUGUGGGAGUGAAACAUGUUUGAGAGGCCCUGUUGAAAGGAUGUGUUCUUGUCUCUUGUAAGCUAGAACAGUUGGCCUAGCUGUUUUUUUUUUCUUUGUUAACAUUAAUGGUUGAAUUAUGGAAUGAGAAGUAAGGUUAGAGGGUUCUUCACUUUCGGCCCAUUUUACCUGAUGAUUUUUAGGAAAAUCACAUUUAGAUUUAUUUACCAGAUUUAAAAGUUCAUUGUAAGUUUGAUCCCAGGAGUCCAAAAGAAAUCAAUUUACAGUGCCCUUCAUUUUAUUGACUGGGGUUUGAGCAUCUCAGUUUCUGGAGAUUUAAACUUGGACAGGAAAGAAUACUGUUCAUUUCCUCACUGACACUCUGUCUUAACCUUGGUUGAGUAACUGUACUCCAUAGCUCUUGAAGGAAAAACUGAUUUGCUUCCUGUUUCCCAUAUCUCACUUCAAGGAAUAUAAUGGAAAUGGCGCUGAAAUUUUUUUUUAGCAGAUAGUACUUUACUCAGUGACCUCUGAAAUAAAAGAACUCUGAUUUUUGAUAAUUAUUUUAAAAAUUACCAGUCUUUGCAUGAAGGUCAUCCCCCCUCCUCCCCCCCGCCCAUUUUCCUUUAGAUUUGUUUUAAAAUGUAUUAGUGCAGGGAAUUUUGCCUUAUGCUGAGGUCAAAACUAGGGCUUACAACUUCUGUCCAUUUUAACUGAUAAGAGUCAUACUGUAUGUUGACAUAAGAUAUAAAGUUUCUCUAUAAGAGUAAAGAAGCUCAAGUAUAGAAUGGAGAAUCAUUUGUAUUUGAGUUGGAGAUUAUGGAACUUAACUGUAUUAUCAUAUACAUAUGGAAGAACAAAUGUUUAGAACUGACCAAAGCUCACUUGUUCUCUUUGUUUUAGUUAGGUGCUUUUGCUCAACUUGAUUCCUGCCCCUUGUUCUUUUAGUAUUAUGUAUAUUUCUCAUCAUCAAGUUAAUUUCCUCUCAGAGUGAUCUUCCACCCUUGCCCUGUGUGCUCCUUGGCAGCGGGAUGCUGGCAUCUGUGGAGUCUCGUGCUGUUCCUGGUAACCACCUGUUCAUUUGCAUGGCAGAUCUAGGCUCAGACCCUGCCUUGACCUGGCAAGAGUAGGUUUUCCCAAACCACAACACAGAAUAGAGCCUGUUGGAUGCAGACUCUCUCUGUAUUCUUGCAGUAUGUUGUUUCCUUGUGACUCAAGAUUGAAUCACAAUGCCUGUGAACUGCAAACUUGCUUAAGAUUGACUUGGUGCAAUAAAGUUCCUUUCUAACCAUUUCUGGUUUAGAAAACAUUCAGCCAUCCUAGAAACUAGCAAUAUUUAUUUCUGCCUCAUUUGUUUUAUCUUCAUUUUUUGAUGAGGUGAACUUUUUGCCUUUCAUUUAUGGGUACUAAGCAAGGUCCAUUCUAGUGUAGCUGAAGAGAAUGCACAUUUGGCUACACUAUUUCUGUUUACUCUGUUUUGCUCCUUAUUUUACGUCUAAAUGCUCGUGUUUUUGUUUGAAAUAGUAAAUGGCUCAUUUCCAGUAUGUCAGUCUCAAACUAAUAUUUUGCUACUAGCGUUAGCCAUUUGCUCUCCCACUAAUUGAUUUUUUUUUUUUUAAGGGAUUAUUUUCCCUUGAAGUUUUAGAAAAUCCUAGAAGAGGGGUGGGUGCAUGUCUUAAUGCUGGGAAACAGCAACUUUGGGGUUGAAUUUACUUGAAUGGAUUAAAAAUUGCAUUGAUACAGAGCUAGAAAAAAUUUAUGUAUGAAAAAUAAUAGCCUUACACUGAGUACAAAUAUAAUUAAAAGCAUGUGAAGAUGUGAUUGAUUGUGAUGUUACUUGUAAAAAAAAAGUAUAUAUACAUAUCUUUUGAAGUGUUGAAAGGAAAAUAGUACUUUAUAUUCUUUAUCACAUCACUUUUUGUAAGUGUUCAAUAUAUUCCUGUUUAUUUUUCUAUGUUCUGUUUUGUAGCCUUAAGAAGUGUUUCAAACAUAUCUGAAUGUAUAAAAUAAGUAAAUGCCCUACAUGGUGUGAUGCUGCAUUAUAUAUAUAAAACUGUGUGCAUAUAUUAAAUUUUGUCUCUUGA